UUGACUAAAUUAGUGACCACUCAGUUGAUGAAAAUCGGCCAUGAAAAUCCAAAAAAAUUCUCAGAAAAUAUAUCUCAGAAUCAUCCAUUGACAUAAAGCCACGUACACAAAUCCCAAACCACAUCUGUUCCCUCUAAAUUAACCUUACAACUCAUCUUCUUCUUCAUCAUCAUCAUCUUCUUCCUUUCUGUUACGGAGUUAUCUUUCCUCUGUCAACUUUAUCAGAAUUAUCAUUAGAAGUGAACUGUGCAGGUUCUUGCUUCUUUUCUGAGCGUAUCAACAUGGCGACUUCAUCAGUAUGCAUAGCAGGAAAUGAUUUGUCCACCCAUAGAACACAGAAAGUUUUUAGGAAGGAGAUCUAUGGCAGAAAAAUUUUGUACUCCUCAAAUCUUCCAUCAUCUAGGAAAACAUCAAGAGUAGUUGUAAAAGCAUCCCUUCAGCAAGGGCCACAUGAAGGAAGAAGAGGCUUUCUUAAAUUAUUGCUUGGAAAUGUUGGGCUUGGAGUGCCUGCUUUGUUAGGUAAUGGGAAAGCCUAUGCUGAUGAGCAAGGUGUUUCUAACUCAAGGAUGUCUUAUUCUAGAUUUUUGGAGUAUCUGGACAAGGACAGGGUGCAAAAAGUAGAUCUGUUUGAAAAUGGAACCAUAGCUAUUGUAGAAGCUGUAUCUCCAGAAUUGGGGAACCGAGUGCAAAGAGUUAGGGUACAACUACCUGGACUCAGCCAGGAACUCCUUCAAAAGUUCCGGGAAAAGAACAUUGAUUUCGCUGCUCACAAUGCUCAAGAGGACUCAGGUUCUCUCAUAUUCAACUUGAUUGGAAAUCUGGCUUUCCCACUUAUUUUGAUUGGUGGUCUUUUCCUGCUAUCAAGGCGGUCUAACGGAGGAAUGGGAGGUCCUGGUGGGCCUGGAAACCCACUAGCAUUUGGUCAAUCAAAGGCUAAGUUCCAAAUGGAGCCAAACACUGGUGUGACAUUUGAUGAUGUUGCUGGUGUAGAUGAAGCAAAACAAGAUUUUAUGGAGGUCGUAGAAUUUUUGAAGAAACCUGAGAGAUUUACUGCAGUAGGGGCUCGUAUUCCAAAAGGUGUUCUUCUUGUUGGUCCUCCUGGUACUGGGAAAACCUUGCUAGCAAAGGCAAUUGCUGGUGAAGCGGGUGUUCCAUUUUUCUCAAUUUCAGGUUCAGAAUUCGUUGAGAUGUUUGUUGGUGUUGGAGCCUCUCGAGUCCGUGAUCUUUUCAAGAAGGCCAAGGAAAAUGCUCCUUGCAUUGUAUUUGUUGAUGAAAUUGAUGCUGUUGGGCGGCAAAGAGGGACUGGAAUUGGAGGAGGAAAUGAUGAAAGGGAACAGACCCUGAACCAACUAUUGACUGAAAUGGAUGGUUUCGAAGGAAAUACUGGUAUAAUAGUUGUUGCGGCAACCAAUCGUGCAGAUAUUCUUGACUCUGCUUUGCUGAGGCCAGGACGAUUUGAUAGACAAGUAUCCGUGGAUGUCCCAGACAUCAAGGGAAGAACAGAGAUCUUAAAGGUUCAUGCCGGCAACAAGAAGUUUGAUUCAGAUGUGUCUCUUGAAGUUAUUGCCAUGAGGACACCGGGUUUCAGUGGAGCAGAUCUUGCUAACCUCUUAAAUGAAGCAGCCAUUCUUGCAGGUCGACGUGGUAAGACAGCAAUCGCAUCCAAAGAGAUUGAUGAUUCAAUUGAUAGGAUAGUGGCUGGUAUGGAAGGAACAGUCAUGACUGAUGGCAAGAGCAAGAGUCUGGUGGCAUAUCACGAAGUUGGACAUGCCAUCUGUGGAACUCUCACUCCAGGGCAUGAUGCUGUACAAAAGGUCACUCUAAUCCCACGUGGUCAGGCAAAAGGUUUGACCUGGUUCAUUCCUGCAGAUGACCCAACCUUAAUAUCCAAGCAACAACUCUUUGCUAGAAUUGUUGGUGGACUUGGUGGAAGAGCUGCAGAAGAAGUGAUCUUUGGUGAACCUGAAGUGACCACUGGUGCUGCUGGUGAUUUGCAGCAGAUCACUGGUUUGGCAAAACAGAUGGUUGUCACUUUUGGUAUGUCUGAACUUGGCCCGUGGUCCCUCAUGGAUUCUUCAGCCCAAAGUGGUGAUGUAAUCAUGAGAAUGAUGGCCAGGAACUCGAUGUCAGAAAAGCUAGCUGAAGACAUUGAUGUUGCUGUGAAGAAGCUUUCAGACAGUGCAUAUGAGAUUGCAUUGAGCCAAAUCCGCAGCAACCGUGAAGCAAUUGAUAAGAUUGUGGAAGUCCUCCUUGAAAAGGAGACGAUGACUGGAGAUGAAUUCCGUGCUAUUCUCUCAGAAUUUGUUGAAAUUCCUGCUGAAAACCGCGUCCCUGCUGCUGUUCCUACCCCAGCAGCUGUAUAAUAGCUUGAACAUAUACUGCAACUUGUACAAUUCACAUACACUUAUCCCCCUAAUUUGAUCUAGAGUAUAAACAAUAUAUAGACUAUAAGAAAGUUAAAAAACACUUUUGUGCAUUUGUGUAUGAAGCAAAUUUUCACAUUUGAUAUAGAACUAGUCUUUUCUUCACUGUAA